AUGCCGGGCGGCCGCCGCGGCAAGCCGCCGGCUGGGGGCGGCCCCGCCGUGUCGCCGCAGCUGGGGAAGGCGCUGCUGGCCGCAUGCCGGGCUGCUGGGAUGCCUGGGCUGGGGGGCGGCGGGGGGCAGCAGAGGCAGCAGCGGCAGCAGCAUAUGCAGCAAAAGCAGGGGCAGGAACGCAAGGCUCCGGAGGGCGCGGCUCAGGCGGCGGCGGCAGGGCCGCAGUCGGCGGAAGCCCCUCGCGACCCCGCUCCGGCAGCGGCGCCGACGGCUGCGGAGCGCCUCGCAGGCCUACGGGCCCGCAUCGCCGCCUUCCAGCCGUUCCCGGAGUGCGCCGCCACCGUGGUGCAGUUGGAGGCGGAGGCGGCAGCCAUUGUGGAAGCAGAGCGGGCUGCCCGGCCGCUCGAGCGCAGGCUGCAGUCGGCGGUGGACUCCCUGCGCACGCGGUCUGCGGCGGUUCAGAAGGCGCGGCAGGCCGCCCUGGACGCGCAGGAGGUGGCCGAUCAGGCUGUCCAGGCUGCCGCGGCGAUGGAGGCCCAGGCGGUGCACGCCGAGGCCGAGGAGGCGGCCGCGCAGCAGGCGCUGGUGGCGGUGCAGGCCGAGGCCGCCGCUGGAGGAGCCGCUGCGCCCGCAGGCGGGCCCAGCGCGCCUGGGGGAGGGCUCGAUGCGGCCUUCGAGGCGAUGGCGGCCGCGGCGUCCCCCGCCGUACAGGCCGCGGUGGUCGCUCUGCUGGCGCAGCUUCGCGGGGUGUUGGCGGCGCCGCCAGGUGGCGCAGGGCUUGUUGGGCCUGCCGGUGGUGCGGUGGCGGCGGCAGGCCCAGGCGGCAAAUCAGGGCUGCACGGAGGCGCGGCGGCUGCGGCGCCGGCCGAUGCGCGCAUGCCUGCCGCCGAUGCUCCUGGGGAGGCCGGACCUCCGCCGGCUCCGCUCGGCAGCGGCAGGCGGCGCGCGGCCUCAGCAGGCGCGAGGGCUGCGCGAUGGUACUCCCCGCUCCGGGCGGGGUCCGAAGACGGCGACCGCUCCCGUUCCACGGACCGCGGAGGCUCCCCAGAGGCCCGCAUUCCGCUCUUCGCCCAGCCCGCGCACCUGCCGGGCGUGCAGGUGAGUGGUGCCGUGGAGGACCCGAAUAGCCCAAGUGCAAGCUGCGGAUGUGCCGCGGGGCUGCUGCUGACCGCCGCCCAGGCCGCCACCCGCAUGAGGUUGCCGGGCGAGGCUCCCGGCAACCGCCCGGGCCGCGAUCGCACGAGUGCGAGCUGCGGAUGCGUCGCGGGGCUGCUGGCGCUGCUCCGGCCCCUCCGGGAUCCCAGGGGGCUCACCCUCAGGGGCCGCCUCGCCGCCCUGCCCGUCGCGGAAGGCGCCGCCAGCGCCGCCAGCGGCGCCAGCGGCGGCGAAGGCGCAAAUGCCGCCGCCGUCGACUCCGCCUCCGCGGUGAGGCCGCGCGCCCGCAAGCGCGGCCGCACGGUCAAGGUGCUCGCGGCCAAUGUGACUCGCUGGAGCGCGAGCUGGCGCGGCGCGAUGGCAGCGCAGGCCGUCGUGUGGUGCAUGCAGGAGGCCCGCAUUCCGAAGCUGGAGGCGGCGGCGGCGGCCGCUGCAGCGCGUGCCCGCGGGAUGCGGCUGCACCUGGGCCCAGAGCAGGAUGGCGAGCACCUCCUGGCUGCCGCACACGCGCCCGGCAGUUGUUCAGCCCGGGCCGAGGCCAUGUCGGGCCUCUCUGGCCGGCACCCGGGCCGCCUCCAGCACCUGGCACUUCACCUGGGAGGGAAUCGUGCCGUCCACCUCGUCUAUGGGUACGCUGGAGGGCGGACCGACCGGGGGCGCAACGCCGACCUGAUCCUGGAGGGCCUCGAGUGGCUCCGGGGCCUAGGCGGGGCGCCCGCGCUGCUGGUAGGCGACCUGAAUUGCAACGUCGCCGAGUCGGGCCUGGAGGGCCUGCUGGGCAUGGCCGGGUGGCGGGACCUCCUGGCGGCGGCUGGCCCUACGUGCAUCCCCUCCGAUGGGGCCCCAUCGAGGCUGGACUACGUGCUGGCGAAUCCGGAGGCGUUGGGGCUCGUCGAGCGGGUCGGCAUCCGGUGGGACCUUGGGUUCGCCACCCACGCGGCCCUCUGGGUGGAGUUGCGCGCGUCGGCCCCGGAGCGAGCGCUCAUGAGGCGCCCCGUGCAGCGUCUCGACGGCGAUGCCAUUGAGGGCUGGGGGGCGCGGGAGGCCCGGGAGGCCGCCGCCACGGUGGUCGCUGGCUUCGGCACGCCCUUCCACGGCGCGCUGGGGCGGCACGACGUCGAGGCGGCAUGGCAGUCGCUCCGCUCGGCCAUGGUCGCGAUGUCCACGCUGAUGGCGCUGCGGCAGGCCGACGCCGACCAUGCGGUCUGGCGGGCGGCGCUGGCAGACCUGCGACCGGACGUGGAGCUCCCGGCCACCUUGCUGGAGCAUGCGGAGGCCGAAUGGCGUGCCGCCCAGGCGGGUCGAUUCUCGAGGCAGAUUUGGUGCCCGACCCGGCGGCUGGCGCGGCGGCCGCAGCACUCCGUGGCGCUCCGUGGCGGCCCAGCGGCGCGCCUCCGCCACUUCGAAGGGCCGUGGCGCGCACUCUGGCAGCGGCAGUCGGCGCCGCCGCUGGGCGAGGAGUGGCUUCAGGCUUUGGAUGGCCUCCCAGCGUUCCCCGAGCGGGCGCCCUGGACGGCGGAGACGGUGUCCUCGCUGCUUCGCCGCAUGCCUCGGCGGAAGAAGCCGGGUCUAGACGGGUGGACCGUGAAGGAGCUUCGAUUGCUGCCUCCGGAGCUGCACGGGUGGAUCGCCGAGCUGUUCGAGGAGAUCGAGGCCUGCGGGAGCUGGCCUAGCGAGCUGGUGGAGCCGGAGGGCCUCCUGCUCCCGAAGCCCGGGGGUGGCGCAGACCCCAUGGACAGGCGCCCGAUAUGGCUCCUGCCCAUCUUGUACCGCCUGUGGGCGGCAGGCAGGGCCCGCCUGUUCGCUCGGCGGCGCCUGCGGUGGGCCGGCGAGGAGGUCCAGCGAGGAGCAGAGGAGCUGGCCUGGGAGCUCGCGCUGGAGCUGGAGGCGGCGGAGGCGCUGUCCGAGACGAUCGCCGGGGCGGCGCUCGAUUGGCGGAAGGCGUACGACCACAUCGACUUGGCCGCCCUGCCGGGGCUCGGCUGCGUGAUGCUUGGGCGUCAGAGGGUGAAUUGCGGCAAGAUGGCCAAGGUGUCGUUCACGGGAUCAUUCAUGCCCUCUCUAUCGGCGACGUUGCGCUUUGACGGCGCGCUCAACGUGGACAUCAGCGAGUUCCAGACGAAUUUGGCGCCGCACCCGCGCAUCCACUUCAUGCUCUCGAGCUGUCCUCCAACCGCGGUGCCUGGCGGCGACUUGGCGAAGGUGACGCGCGCGUGCUGCAUGAUCGGCAACUCCACGGCCAUCUCGGAGGUGUUCUCCCGCAUCGGCCACAAGUUCGACCUCGCGCGUGCUAAGCGCGCGUUCGUGUACUGGUACGUCGGCGAGGGCGUGGGGGAGGGCGAGUUCUCGGAGACCUGCGAGGAUCUGGCCGCGCUGGAGACGCAUUGCGAGGAGGUCGGCAUCGAGACCGCCGAGGGCGAGGGGCGUCAUGGUGUGUCGCGCGGUUGCGACGCGCGCGUUACGGCGGCGCCGUGCUAUGGCGUGGCGAACUUCGGCAUCCGCGGGCUGGCCCUCGGCCGCCGCCAGUUCUCCCUGGGCGGUCAGAAACUGGCCUUCGAGCGCCCCGCGCAACUCUUCUGCCUCGAGCACGGCGUCCAGCCCGACGGGCGGGCAGAUGCCGUCCGACAGGAGAUUGUCGAUAUGUUUCUGGAUCGCAUUCGGAAGCCUGCCGACCGCUGCGCGGGGCCCGAGGGGCACAUGAUCUACAACGCCAUCGGCGGAGGCGCCGGUUCAAGGCUCGACUGCCUGAUGCUGAGGCGCCAGAGGGCGCUGUGGCAGGUCGCAUCCUCUUCGACGGCGUCGAUGCGCUUUGACGGCGCGCUCGCCGUGGGCAUCGCUGAGUUCCAGGCGAAUGUGGCGCCGUGCCCGCAAGCCCACUUCAUGGUCUCGUGCUGCGCGUCAGUGAUUUCAGCCGAGAAUGCGUGCCACGAGCAGCUCUCUGUGGCGGAAAUUGCCGCGCCCGCGUUCGAGUCCUCUGCCAAGUUUGUCAAGUGCGACCCCCGCCACGGCAGGCGCAUGGCGCGCUGCGUGGUCCUGGCCAAGGCCGCGGCGCGGCCCGCGCGCGGGUGUUUCUGUUUGUGCGUCGGUGCCAACUACCAGCCUCCAACCGUGGUGCCUGGCGGCGACAUGGCGAAGGUGUUUGCUUUUGGUGGCGAGUCCUCCGACGACGACUCGCUGCUGGCCGUGGGGGCGCAGAUUGCUAUUGUUGGUUUGACGUCGGCGAGAGGCUCACCUCUCAAUGGCCUCUCCGGCACAGCCAUUAGCUAUGUGGAGGCGUCGCAGCGCUGCGGGGUGCGCGUGCCAGUGACAGGGGGCGAGGUGCUGCUCAAGCGGGACAAUCUACAGACCUCACUCGUGGAAUCAUUCAUGCCCUCUCUAUCGGCGACGUUGCGCUUUGACGGCGCGCUCAACGUGGACAUCAGCGAGUUCCAGACGAAUUUGGUGCCGCACCCGCGCAUCCACUUCAUGCUCUCGAGCUGUGCCGCGGCGCGGCCCGCGCGCGGGUGUUUCUGUUUGUGGGUCUGUGCCAACUACCAGCCUCUAACCGUGGUGCCUGGCGGCGACAUGGCGAAGGCGAAGCGCGCGUGCUGCAUGAUCAGCAACUCCACGGGCAUCGCGGGGGCGUUCUCCCUCGUCGACCACAAAUUCGACCUCGCACAUUCCAAGCGCGCGUUCGCGCGCUGGUACGUCGGCGAGGGCUCGGAGGGCGAGUUCUCAAAUGCCCGCGAUGAUCUGACCGCGCUGGAGAAAGACUACGUGGAGGUCGGCGUCGGGGCCGCCAAGGGCGAGGGCGAGGAGGAAGGCUACGGCGACGAGUUUUGGAUCAGGCUGCUCAGCGGCAGCGGGGCCGGCGCGCCCUGGCAACCCAAGAUUUACCUGCUAGAAGUUUGGCAUAUUCUGGCGGCGGGGGCCACGGGGAACGCGCCGUUGCGAUGUUGA